AUGGGUAAAUUGACGGCACUUAUUAUUUAUGUGGAUGAUAUGAUUGUUACAGGUGAUGAUAAAGAGGAAAUCUCAAGGCUGAAAGAUUACUUAGCAACUGAGUUCGAGAUGAAAGAUCUUGGUGGAUUGAAAUAUUUCUUGAGCAUAGAAGUAGCUCAAUCUAAACAGGGUAUAUUUCUAUCUCAAAGAAAAUAUGUUCUUGACUUGUUAGCUGAAAUCGAAAUGCUUGAUUGUAAACCGGCUGACACCCCUAUAGUCCAAAAUCACCAUCUUGCCAUGCACCCUGAUCAAGUUCCCACUAACAGAGAUUGUUAUCAAAGGUUAGUUGGGAGGUUAAUUCAUUUAUCUCACACCAGGCCUGAUAUUGCAUACGCAGUAAGUGUUGUCGAUCAGUUUAUGUAUUCUCCGAGUGAGGCACAUAUGGGUGCAGUUGAACGCAUCCUACAAUACCUGAAAUCCUCACCAGGUAGAGGUAUCAUGUUUUCCAAGAAUGAUCAUUGCCAAAUAGAAGGUUACACCGAUGCAGAUUGGGCAAGCAACGUUACUGAUCGUCGGUCCACAUCUGGUCACUUUACAUUUGUGGGAGGAAACUUAGUGACUUGA